GCGCACUUUAUAGACCCUGCAAAGCGUGGAUUUGCUAAACAUUGGUCUCUGAAGCAGGUUAUGCCUGAAUCAAAUUCAAUUCGCACAAAUGCGAGAAGGAAUGGCAGACAAAUUCGGCGCAUUCGGCGACACACUAGGGAAAGUGAACGGAUUUCUUCGGUUGCAUAUUUGUAGUGAAAUUCUGGAAGUUCUCGCUCUAUGAAGGUGAGACUGUACGCGAGAUAUCCUGCAACAAGGUGAAGAAGCUCUUCUGGUAGGUUGAGCAUGGUGAUAAGCUGAUUCUGAACGCCGGGCAGUCCAACGGACUGCCACGUGACUUUCUCUCCUUUUGUUUCCAAAUUUGGAACUGUUCUUGGCGCGAACCACUUACAUCGAUCAAGAAUGGACGCUUCAAACGACCCUCCAAGUGAUAUUGAACUUCUGGAGGAGUUUCUGGCGCAUACAUCACUGCCAGGCGAGUAUAAAUACACGCACAACGGGUCUAAAUCUACUCGGACGCCAUCUUUUUAUGAUGAGCACCUCCCAAACGUUUUGCGACCCCAAGAAAUGCACUUGGGUAUACCCUCGGAUACUACUUCUGGUUUGGAGGAUCAGUUGAAGGAGCAUCUGCUCAGUCGGAAGAAGCUCGUUAAACUCCUUCGCAAAGACCCUGAUGGCAUUUUGCGCAGCUUAGAGAUUGGCUGGAACUACGGACUUCGACGUCUCUCUGGUCAUGCCCUUGCAACCCAGGAAGAUAUCGUGGUUCAAGCACAACAUACCGUCCUCGGAGUUGUGUGUGAUAUUGUUACUCUCGCACUUUACGAUUGGACUCCCGAACAAAUCCAGCGUCUUGGAGAUUGGGAGCUUUUGGAAGCUGGUUCCAGUCCCGAGAAAGAGACCAAAGCUGAUAUUCUGAUCGGUAUGCGAUCCAAGCAGGAUAUCAAGGAUCGUCAGCCUCCUGAGUGUGCUGAUAUUUGGGAUGUUGUGAAAGAUCUAGAUCCGUCUUUCAUGAGGUAUAUCUGUAGCGAGGAGUGCAAAAACCUUUUCCUUGGGCAACCAAUGGCAUAUCUUACCCUCCUUCUCCUACUUCAACUCGUCCGAGACUCUAGUACUAAAGUUGCAACUCUUUGGCCAUCAGGUUGCCCGGAGUGCGAGAAAUAUGGAGUUUCGCACUCAGCUUUCUUCAAUCGUAACACAUUGGUUAACAUUCCUGUAGAUGCUGAUGAGGAUUUCCAGAUAUUGCAUGUCAAUGAUGAUCAACUUCGUGAUGAGAUCCUGCACAUUCUUAACAUUAUUGACUUGGACAAUGGUGCCAGCAUCCUGGAUGAUGAUCAUUCUGCUACCACUCGGCCUAGCCUGGCUGGGUCCACACAUGGUGGGAAGUGGUAUGAGCUUGUUCAUGAUGAUAUGAAAAUGCUUUGGAAUACAAACUUCAAAUCCCAAACACGCACUGUUCAUUUAAAUGAUAUUAUGGCCUGGUAGACCGGAAACCGCCCCUCUAUGAGGGCGAAACCUCGAUAGAGGGACCGGAAUAUCUGAGUUUAAAUUGGCAGGAACUGCGUUAU